AUGAUGAUGAUGAUGCGCCGUGUGAUGUGUGUGUUGGCCGCUGUGCUGUGCUGUGCCUGCGGGUAUACCAUGACUAUUGGCGUGGCAGCCAUUGACGGUUCAAGUAAUAAGGAUUUGCACGAAGCUGCUGAUAUUAGUUGGGAUCAGUUUCCUGCUGUUACACCCGCUAUAAGAAAGAAAAACGCAAAUUACAAGGAAUGUAGGGAUGCCCCUAAUCAUACAGUUGAAGGAAUAAACUGUGCGGAAUGGGACGAAUUUAAGCCGAAGCCUCCCAUCCAACCCAACCCCACUGACACUCUGGCACAUCCGACAGCAGAACUUGGACGAGAAUCAACCAGGGUUGAACCAGGGCGCGUAAGUAAACCACCAGCAGCAGAUUCACCUAGAGAAACCUCUGACAGAGAAGGAUCUUCCACUGACGUUGUUUCUUCUGUAAAUCCACCACAAGAGGCUGGGAAUGCUGAAAGCACAACAGGAACAGGUGCAAAACCAACGCAAAGCCCACCUCAUGAGUCUGCUGCAGCGCCACAAAGUAACAACGAAGAGUCGAAUGCAGGAAACAGUGGUUCUGGCGCAGACUCAAAAGAAACAAAUACCACUACUCCACAGAGCCCCGAGAGCAAUGUCACUGAUGCACCAACCACCACUCCAUCUCCUGCACCUAACGCAGAGAUCAGCAGCAACAUCGUCUCCACUGUACAGAAGAACAAACCCAUUGUUGACAGCAGUGUCAGUCCUGUGUGGAUGCGCACUGCAGCACCGCUGCUGAUUGUGGUUGUGUUGUUCUCCGCUACUGUGUACUGA